AUGAAAGUCACCCCAAUUCCUAUAAAAAUUGAAAAUUCUACGUUUUGGACCUUAAAUGUCAAUGAAGAAAUGCUAGCUGUGGACUACAACAAUCAACUAUAUUUCGAAAUAUCAAAUGAAGAAUUCAAAGACUGCCUACAAACAAACAAACACAAUUUUAUAUGUGCUCCCACUAUGGUGAAGAAAAUAGAAGAAAACAAAAAUUGCAUCAUUGACGAAGUCUACAACAGAACAGAAAUUAACCAAUGCAAUAUACAACAACAUGAGAUUCAAGGAUUAAUUUGGAAGCAACUCUAUGCCACCAAUACUUGGAUGUUCAUCACUAAUCAGUCCACACGUAUCGCUAUCUCCUGUAGUGGCGAACGACAGGAAAUCACGAUCAAUGCCACUGGAAUUAUCAGGAUUUCACAAGAUUGCCUGUUGAAAACAAAGAAAAGUAUACUCAAUCCGAAACGGGAUAAAAAGUUAUCAGUACUAGGUAGCUACAUAAAACAGUUUAACAAACCAUAUAAUCAUACAAGGUCAACUCAGCAAAUAACCAAAGUAAUAGAAGAAUCAAUAUUCCAUGCAGAAGACUCUUUUAAACAGCUAAAAGACGAAGAAGAAACUCUUAAUGCAGAUAUUCGAAAUAUCAAAUGGCGGUCCACAACAUCACAGUCCAUUAUUACAAGCACGACAACUACCUUACUCAUUGCAAUUAUCUUGGCACUCGUACUAGGAAUAAGAUUCUACAUCCAGCACAGAAACAAAUCACAUACCAAGGACAACGAUCACGAAGCAGUUCAGUUAGAACCAUUAUAUUCAACUAUUCUCGGGGAAACACAAAACUAA